GAGAGUAGUUGCGGUUUGUUUCAUAAAAUUCGUCAACGAAGCAUCGAGAGCAUUGAGGCAACACUGUUACCUUUUUGGAACCCACCCACGCCUGCACUACUACUAUUUUCUUUUUGUUUCUCCUUUUCUCUUCUCUCUCUCAAAAAUGGUGAACGACUUCAUUGUUUGCAUUGAUCGAAUAAUAGCCUCCACGGCCUGUUUUGGAUCACUGGAUGCAAGAAACUGUGAUCAUGGAGUUCAUCCUAUGAUACCCGUUUCUGACAAUGCUGGAGAAGGGAGUUCCUCUUCUCCAAACAUGUAUGAUGAAGAUGAUGUUGUUGUUGUUGUUGAGUGCAGAAUAUGCCAGGAAGAAGAUCAAGUCCAAGCCAUGGAGGCACCUUGUUCUUGUAAUGGCACUCUCAAGUUUGCUCAUAGGAAUUGUAUCCAGAGAUGGUGCAAUAAGAAAGGAAAUACAAUAUGUGAAAUCUGUAAUCAGGAGUUUUCACCAAAUUAUUCUCCUCCACCAGUCAGAAGCAAUGCAAUUAUGGCAAUUGAUAUAAGUUCCAUAUACAGGCAAGAAUGGGGGCAUAAUGCUGAUCUGCAUGUGGCUAUAGCUUCAGCUGAGCACCAGUUCCUGCAAACUGAGUAUGAAGAUUACGCCAUGUCACAAACCAGUAGCAUUGCUUGCCUACGAUCUGCCACUUUCUUGUUGCUGAUAAUUUUGCUUGUACGCCAAGCUUUAAUGGUCACAAAGAACUCCACAACUGGACAAGAUGCUUCAAUAAUCUUUAAUCUUGAGAUGUCACUUCUUCAAUUUGCUGGUGUUCUUUUGCCAUGCUAUGCAAUGGCACGAUCCUGGUAUGCAAUACAAAACCGAAGAAGACAGGUUUAAGUCAUGUAACAGACGAUGCUAACUUCACUGGGUGUCACAAAAAUUGAGCAAUUAUAAGAAGAGACAGCAUGGUUUUGCUGUUGUAUAUAGUGAAGCGAUGUUUCAGAGAAAUUUUCUGCUCCUAUUUCCUCCUAUGGAAAAGGUAAGGAAAGUAGCAGAAUAUCUCAAAUGUGGUGCAGUACUACACAAACGUGAAUAUUAAGCAUUUAGGUAGGUCCUAUAUGUUGACAGCAGCAAUGUCAAUGUGCAAUAGUAUCAAUUUUUUUCAGCCCUUGAUAUUUUGGCACAUCAAACUCAUGCACCAAUUUACUGUUUCUCAUCAUGGAUUUGUACACUAGCUUAUUUGUAGCUGAUAGCAAUAUUUAUAAUUUAUAGUUUUUGCUUGGUGUAAUAAUAAGCUUUCUGUAUACUGAAACUAUCAAGUUUCAAUUGAUAAUCUGUUAACAUUAUAAAAAUGUCUAAAGUUA